CAAUUUGGAACUCAAAUGACGGACCAAGACUGAAGAGUUGCUCCAUCCCAUUUCCUGCAGAAGGUUCCUGAGGGAGGGCCAAAGUGAACUCGGAAGCAUGGGAAAGUUCUCUUCACUUUAUUUUUCCGAUGACACGGAAUCUUUUUAAAGAAGGCGAAUACGAUUCAGAGGAACAUACAGGGAGAGAGCUGGAGACAUAGACGUUCCACGAGAGAGAAAGGAGCAGAGGAUGUCCAGAGCUGACUGGUCCUUUCUGGAGCACCUGCUGGAGGAGGGCCAGGAGUAUUCGACUGGCAUUGGUCGUGUCUGGCUAACUGUUCUCUUCCUGUUUCGUAUGUUGGUGCUCGGCACAGCAGUCGAGUCUGCCUGGGACGACGAGCAAGCGGACUUCAUCUGUAACACACGACAACCAGGUUGUACGGCAGUUUGCUACGACAAAGCCUUCCCCAUCUCCCAUUUUCGCUACUUUGUCCUCCAAGUCAUUUUCGUCUCCACGCCAACCAUCUUCUAUUUUGGAUACGUGGCUAUACGGUCUGGGAAGGAAGAAGUUGGAAAAAAUGAAAGCAGGCAGGUAGAAGAAGGUGGUGGAGGUAGGAUAGGGGUUGUAACAGAAAGGGAUAAAGAAAAGACAAAUCAAAAAGAGGGGGCUGCAAGAAAAGGAAGCAUAGUUGAGAGGAGUCCACCCGAAGCUCCAAAACUGAAAGGAAGGUUGUUAUGCGCGUACACAUUCAGCAUCCUUCUAAAAGUUCUGCUAGAAGUCGGCUUCAUCCUGGGGUUGUGGUUCCUUUAUGAUGGCUUCCUAGUUGAAGCAAAGUUUGAGUGUGUGGGCUUCCCAUGCCCUCAUACAGUGGACUGCUUUGUCUCUCGACCUACAGAGAAGACCAUCUUCACCAUCUACACUCAGGCCAUCGCAGCUGUUUCCUUGCUGCUCAACCUCUUUGAGCUCCUACACCUUCUUCAGCUAGCAAUUUCACAGCGACUGAGGAAACAGUACAGCUCCCAGGGUCAGGUGUAUUUACCACAGCUAGAACAGGCAGGUACGGUGGCCCGUUCGGAAGCCCCGCGGACACGGGAAGAAACACAAGAGUCUUACAAUGGCAGCCUACCAGUGCCAAGUGAGGCUACAGGCUUCACGAACCCCUGUGAAAGCUAUGGCAAUCUAGCCAUAGCAGUCAACUGGGAACCUGCAGAGGGAGGGAGUGAUGUGCUUCCUAGCUAUACGAACUGCAUGGAGGCUAUGAGGACAUCACGUUCACCUAGGAACCACUACGGAGCAAAGACCAAGAACAAUCAUAGGGGAAUUGCAAAACAGAAGCACUAUGUCUGACUGAGGCUUGAUGAAAAUCAUUUUGUUAUCUUUCUAACAUGCUUCUUUGCACAUGACACUGGAGUAAACGAGGUGCCACAUAAAAGCUCAUAUAAAAGACAAGAGUUGUACUGUGAACCCAAUGCCUCAGAGGCAGCAACACACUUCAGACAAACAUUGGCUUGAUAACAGACCCAUUUUGGAGAACGCUCCCCAUGGCAACUGAAAUUUAUACUUUUCGGUCAUGAGAGACUUUCUUGUUUCAUUAAAAAGCUUGAAUAUGUAAGUGAAAAACAAUGUCUUGUGAGCAUUUAAGAGAGCAGUAUUUUAUCAGUUGUAAAUAAAUACAUUCCUUUUAGUUCCACACAGUCAUCCCUGGAGCUCCUCUCAGUCCGCACAAUGGAAUGCUCUUGUUUCAGUUCUCUUCCCAAGAGGCACACAUGCAUGCACACACACGAACUGUAUGCUUUUUAUUUCACACAGUCAGAGUUGGUCACUUGUCUUAGGGUUUAAAGGGCUUGAUAAACAAAUGGGGACCAAACCCAUCCAUUUAUAAAAUUCUCAUGACUUUAAAGUGCUCACUUCAAUUAAAAAAAAAAAAAAAAAUCUAUAUUGAAUCAAAGGACCAUUCACGAGCAUCCAGUUGGAAAAUAAGCUUAAAAGUGAUUCUUCAAACUUGGACUAAAGGUGGUACAGGUGAUGCAAAAAUCAAUGAAGUAUGUAUUUAUACGAAACAUGUUAAUAUUUAUUGCAUUAAGUAAAAUAAAGGAAAGAUAAACUGUGUAUGCUCUUUUGAUGUCCCAUUUCUCCAGCACAGGGAGUAACGGCGACCAAUUAUAUGGUACAAUGUAGGAGGUAAAGCACUCUUUUUCCUGGCUCGGUUUAAAAUCCCACUCGGAGGUCUUGUUGUUAACACUGUAUAGAUGGAAAGCAACUAAGAAAAGCCAAGACUACAGCUUUGCCAAAGGUAUGUUGUAAGUGACCGCAGGUAUGUAGGAUGGACUCCAUUUUGUAUAGCCCUUGUCCUCAGAAGUACAUUCUGACCUGGUUUGUCAUGAAAUCAAAAUUAUGCUUGACGAAAUGAUUGACUUAUGUCAAAUAACCGCAACGUAGACAAUUUUCCACUCAAAUUCUUUUCUAAAUAUGAGUUUUGAAGGUGUACAGUUUGCUUGUGAUGGAUGUUGGGCAUUGUACUUGAGUUUCUUGGCAUUUAUUUCACUGAAGUUACAACGAAUGGAAAUAAUAAUUAUACAAUAAUAGGAAGACCAUCCUCAAAGAGGAACUUUUACUAUGUUCAGGCACUGACGUGGGGCAUAUAUUGUUCCAGAUAACAAUUCAAGUCAAUUUUCCAAAGCUGCCUGUUUCCAAGCCUAUUCAGUAAAACUUGGCUGGCAUUCCUGUAUAGUCCUAUUAUCUGAGUCCAGGUGGGCGGGUCCAUGUGUGCUGGGCACUAUCCCGUCAUUGUUAAUCUGGGUGUUUUUACCAGGCCAAAGAGGGAGGUGCUGGCAAUAGGAGGGGGCAUUCAACAGAUUGCAGGGGUCGACCAGUAUUAUCUUUCCAGCUGCCUGCCGAGUGUGAAAAUGAAGUGUGAUCAUCUUUUACUAUGAUUGCAAUUGAUUUUUGCAUAAAAGUCCCAGAAAAUUAGAAUCCUUAAUCCUUCCUGUGUGGGAAGAUGUGAUAGGUCACCCAUACCAUACUAAUACCAAUGAAAUCCAUUUGGGAUUGACUCCCAUUGUGACAGAGUUUCCUGAGAUUGUUGAAGUCAUUGCUGAUACAUUUCCUCACUCUGUUGGUAAGCUGUGUUGCUCAUAGCAUGACAAGGUUUUUUUUUUUUUUUUUUUUUGAAGCCGCAUACCUCAACAAAGGACAUUCAGCAACUUCCAUAAUUGCAACACACUUAAGUACAUCCUAAAGAGAAAGCCCAACAAUGAUGCUCUCAAGAAAAAAAUGACUUCAUAAAUUUGAGUGGGGGCCCUUCAAGACAUCAGCCUUUCACAAUGUAUAAGGAGCUUAGCUCCGUCUCUAUAAAAUACCAGAUCAUUUUAAUAAAAGGCAUUUAAAUAAAAUGCAACAAAUAAAUGAUGAGUAAAUU